UUUUAUUUAUUUCCUGACGGCCCUAACAGAUAUUUCGAGAGAGAUGGCAGGCGCCGGAGCCUCGAUUGCCGACGACUUCUACGAUCGGCUCGCCGAUCUGAAGGCUUUCGAUGCCACCAAAUCCGGCGUACAAGGCCUGGUCACGCGCCGCGCCUCCGAGGUCCCACGCAUCUUCCAGCGGACCAGCGAGCAUCAGCAUGCGCCCGGUCGCAUCGAGAUGGACCACCAGGCCGCGGUGCCCGUCAUCGACCUUGCCGGGAGUCAGCGGGAGGAGGCGGUGGCGGAGAUCCGGCGGGCGUGCCAGGAGUGGGGAUUCUUCCAGCUGGUGGGGCACGGGGUGCCGCCGGGCGCCAUGGAAAACGCGCUGGUGGGCGUGCGCGCUUUCCACGAGGGCGACCCGGAGGUGAAGGCGGCGUUGUACUCACGCGACGGCGGCCGGGCGGCCAAGUACUCCAGCAACUUCGACCUCUAUGCGUCGCGGGUGGCGAAUUGGAGGGACACGCUCACCUGCCGCAUGCUUCCCGACCCGCCCAAGCCAGAGGAGCUCCCGCAAUCUUGCAGAGAAGCACUGUUUGAAUAUUCAAAGCAUAUUGGUAACUUGGGACACACUUUAUUUGAGUUGCUUUCUGAGGCUCUUGGACUCAACCCUGCACAUUUGGAGGAAAUGAAAUGCAACCAGGGGCAAAUCCUAUUCUGUCACUACUAUCCACCUUGCCCUGAACCAGAAGUUGCUAUCGGAACAAGUGCCCACUCGGAUUCUGGUUUCCUCACUGUGCUUCUCCAGGACCAUAUUGGCGGACUGCAAGUUUUUCAUAAUGAUAAAUGGGUCGAGGUUCCACCCAUUCCCGGAGCUCUGGUCAUAAACAUUGCUGAUCUCCUUCAGCUGAUCUCCAAUGAUAGGUUCAAGAGCGUGGAACACAGAGUGGUGGCAAAAAGAGAAGGUCCAAGAAUUUCCAUAGCAUGCUUUUUUAGCACUCAUUUCCAUCCAUGUUCUACAAGGCUCUAUGGUCCUAUCAAGGAGCUAAUAUCCGAGGAAAACCCUCCUCUGUACAAGGAAACUAUGGUGAUAGAUUAUGUGGCAUAUUACUACUCCAGAGGACUGGAUGGCAAAUCCACCAUAUCACAUUUCAGGCUGAGUUAGUAGAGGUGUUGCCAGUGUGCUGGAACAAUAAGUGAUGUUAUCAAGAUUUGUAUGAGCGUUAUUUCAGUCACUAGAAACUUUGUAGUUUCACUUCUUUUUGUUUCCAAUUAUAUCCAAUGUGAAACUGUUGUGAAUAUUUCCAUUUAUAGACUAAUGGUGGAUGUAGAAGACCGACAAAAUUCUCAAAUUAUAUUUGGAUUUUGGACAUUUUAA